AUGGGUGAAAAAAUGCCCGAGCCGUGGCAUUUGCCAGAGACUGUCGUCCCUGGAAUGAAAAUUGCACCGACAGAAACACAUGUAGCCGGCUACGGCUGCUACGAACAUGAAAAAGAAAUUGUUGCCUCUUUGAGUGGUUUUGUUCGAGUUGCUGAUACCGCGCCGAAAGAUCAGAAUGGCACCGUUUCUAAACCUGUUAUUAACAUAGAGUCUUUUAAUAUGAAACCCAGCAUUGUACCUAAAGAGCACGACCGAGUUCUAGCUCAAGUUAUAAAUAUCAAUCCGAGAGUUGUUAUGGUUUCAAUUGUAUCUGUUAAAGAUCAAAUUCUGUCAGAAUAUUUUUCAGGAUCCAUCCGCGUCUCUGAUGUUUAUGCCACGCAGCCAGACAAAGUUGAGAUGUACAAGUGUUUCCGCCCGGGCGAUGUCAUCCAAGCAGAAAUCAUUUCUCUCGGAGAUUUCAAAUCUUAUUAUCUCUCAACUGCCAAAAAUGAGUACGGAGUUGUGUUCGCCAAAAGCAUGGCGGGCGUGUCUAUGGUUCCAAUAGCCUGGAAUAUGAUGCAAUGUCCAAAGACGAAAAUGAAAGAGUACCGAAAAGUCGCAAAACUGACCUAG